AUGGACAGAGGCCGGAAGCCGGAUUUCGCAAAAGAAUUGAAAGCAAACACGAAUACUUUCAACAAGAGCAGCUUGCUUAGGUCCUACGCCGACCUGGCUUUCGUCUGCGGGUGCGUUUACGACGUGCAUCCUAGCGCCGCUGUGUUCGAGCCUGCGGCGUCUUCUGUGCGCGUUCGUCCGUCUUUCCGUAGCGCCUUGGAGUGCCUGUUAGAUCGAGCUUCUGAGGAUAGUGGCGUCUGCGCCGAUGCGAGUUUGAGGUGUAUUUUCGACAACCUUCUACGCGGUGCCGGUAUAGCCGAGGUCACGGGUGCAAGCGGAAGCGGCAAAACGUCGUUCUGCCUGUCCUACGCCAACACAUCUCCGGGAAUAACGCUGUACGUCGACACAUCGGGUUCAGUUUGUCUGUCACGAGUGGUUAACCGUGAUAAGUUCAUCUUGUUGCGUGUCUUCAGCUGUGAGGAGUUGGAACUCGUCGUUUCUGAUUUCGCUAAUAGGCUGUCCGAAGACGGUUACCUGCCGUGUUUCGGCGACAUACGCGCUCGCUCCGUUGCGGUGUUGGUGAUAGACUCUCUGUGGCCUGUUGGUUUGCUGGAUUCUUACCUUCGACGCCGCUUCUUGUUUCGUCUGUGCGUUACGCUGCGGCACAUUUCGUGGCAGCACAAUUUAGCGGUGCUGGUUUGCAACCACGAAGCGAGGUGGGACGGUUGGCCGAGCUCAGCGGGCAAGCGCGGGAACCGUAGCUGGUUGAGGGAGGCGUUCCGCUCUCGGUGCUACGUACAUGUGUCGCUUGAGCAGCAUGCCUGUUUUGGUGACAACUCCGACGUCCAUGGUCUCGCUUACACUUCCGACAGUUCAUCGGGGCAUACUGCUGCGGGAAAUUCCGGCGCCAACCAGAAUUCUGAUGGGAGCUUAGGUUCCGGCUUUGCCGUCCGUCGUGUGAUGUUCAUAUGCUCCGGGGAUACAACGAUGCCGAGUUCUGUGGCCGGUGAGAUUCCCUGGCGCCGGGGCGAUGUGGAGGUAUUACAUCAGUUUUUGCUGUCGGCGCGGGACCGUUCGAGGCUAAUGUCUGGCGGUGACAAGGGUUCCGCUCCCUCUCUGCAGCACAACUACAGCGUCGAAAACGAUGACAGUGCGGAGUUCGGACACCCUUCUCACCGUUUUGCUGGCGUAGUGUCCGGUGUUGUUUCGGACUCCCAAUCCAGUGCCAGCAGUGGAUAUCGCAGGGAUGGCACCCAUAACCCUCUGCGCAACUUUUAUUCGGCCCCCAAGCGAUCUCGGAAACGCGCUUCUCCAUCUUCUGACGAUGCCGGUGAUCGCUUGAACUCCCGCGCAGCCAACAUUUGCAUUCUGCGUGGUCAGACGGGGUCCGGCAAGGUGAGCGCCGUACGUCGCCUGUGCAGCGAGAUCGGAUUGAAGGUUAUAGAAUACGAUCCUUUUGAGAAUGACGUGGUGUAUAUGGCUGAAGGCCAGGCACAAGACGCGUUCAGCGCCACGUUUUUGCGUUUUUUGGAUACUGUUCGUCGUAAGCCAGGUCUCCGCAUCUCACGCGAUGCGGCUCCCUCAAAAGCGCCCGUCGUUGAAUCUGAUGCGUCAUCACGUCGUUUAAAACGCAUACGCAUGCUGUUUGGCGGCCUGAAGUCCCUAGGCGACGCUGAUACGCUGCCAUCAAAAUCGCAGGAAGCCCAUUUGAUAUUGCUGAAGGACCUUCCACGGACGGUCCUAUCCUCUAGCAAUCCGGGUUUCAACCGCCGCGUUCAGGAGAUAACUCGCAGCAUACUGGAUGGGGACGGAUUCCGUGAAGGGUUGUCAAUGUAUCCUUUGCUCAUAUGUGUCGACAACUCGACCAGCGACCGCCGUCUGUUGCGUAGCAUUCUGCCGUACAACUACGAGAGCCAUCCGCGUUGUAUGCGUCUGAACGUGGCCCAGAUAACCAAAGCGAAAACGAAGACGCUGCUAUUCCGCUUCCUCUCUACGCUCGGGCGGCCGUGCAGCGUGUUGAACGAGCAGCUGGUAGACUACCUUAGUCGGGCGUGUUGCGGCGACUUGCGCUUCGGUAUGUGCAAUCUGCACUUCUUUUCCAGCGUUGACCGCCAUUCUGCGUCUUCAGUUAAAUCUGAGAUGGAUACGCUGCUGCAACACAUGUGCGAGCGCAAUUCUACUGGCGCCGUUUUCAACGUGCUGGGGAAGGUGCUGGUGAACAAACGCGUGCGUGCCAUUCUGCGGAGCGACACAGACUCAUCGGAUUCUGGCGGGCCAUCUAUCUCGCAGUCAAGCAGCGAUUUAACUGCGGAGCGUUUCAGGAAAUGCUUCGAAUUGUCAAGCGCCGUGUAUUGCAGCAACUUUGGGAAUGUUGGUGACAACAGCGGCAUAACGGAGGACUACUCUGAUGUGCUUGAGAUUUUGUCGACGAUAUCGGACGACCUAAUGUUAAUGCCGUCGAGGAUACUCGAGGUUGAGCCACCGUCUCAGGAGAGCGACAUCGACGAAGCCCUAUGCAGGGCAGUCGUAUGCGGCUACAACAUGGUGCAGCCGGGAGGCUUCGACGCCUCAUUACUGGGCGCCCUUCCGGCUAGUGUGCGGAUGUUCGGUUUGGUUGAACCGUUCAAUCCCUCGCUCCCACUCUCUAUGUGUCGUUGGCCGACAGUUGUCGGCGACGCUUCUGAGGAACCAUCCCGCCAGCCGAGAUCCGUCCAGCUGCCUUUGCUCACGAGACCGCAGCUGUACUACAACCCGGACGAAUUAGUGGAAUCUGGAAACGUGGAUUCCUCAUUUCUGGUGGACAGCGUGUUCGAGAACUAUGCGCACUAUUUCGAGGACAUCAACGAUUGUGCGGUGCUGACGACACAGUUGUGUGAUGCGGACGUGACGAUUACCGGCUACCGUCAUGCCGGUGGCAUGACCGACGACGCUUGGGACCAGGUUCAAAGCACCUUUGCGUGCUUUUGUGCGCGAGCUGUCUGCUGUUGCAAUCUGGGCGGAUCCGGCCGCCCGGCAAACUUCCGGAUGUUCACCAAAGGGGUGUGGCAAUCGGAGUCCAUUAACGACAUGAACCACCUGAAGGCGCUCUACGACGGACACCUGCGGGACCUCAUCGCCAGAUCGGAUGGCGGCUACCCUUCGUGGCAUCUGAGCAGCGCUUAUAUAUCGAAGAGUCGUGCGUUUGUGGAAAUCGUUCCGUUUAUGUAUAUGUUAUUAUCGCAAAGCGGAGCCUCCAGCCCCUCACGCACCCUCAUUCCGGAUGCGCCGCUGCUGGACUGGAGCCUGGGCUCAUCGAACAUAAUGACUGACUCUAUGCUAGAGCGGAUCGACAUGCUAAUGUCUGAGGAUACUCAUGCCACACCUCGCAACAACGGUAAUGCAACUGCGGGUUUCGGGACUGUGGUGACGUCGCGUGGCAUAUUGGAAACCGUAACGCCGAAGUUCAAGGAGCUCGUGACAGAGAUCGGAAAGCACUACGAGGGCACUUCCGGACGGCAGUGUCCGUCGGGGUCGCCGCGUCCGUGCUGCACAACACUUCUGCUUCUUGCACGUGUCUAUUUACGCGGACGUAUUAGGCUAGCUGAUCUUUUCCACCUUCUACUCGAACUUUUUCCAGAUUCGCGAAGAUGA